AUGUCGUUUCGCAUUGCCCACUUCAACAUCCUGGGUAAGAACAUGGCCGGCACGAUGUGGUUUCACUAUGCCAGGGAUUUCUUGCCGCCGUGGUUUUCCAAUAAGCACUGGGACUGGUCAAGGGCAGCAGGCUUCCCUCGCUCGUUGAUGUGGUCGCCAGAGCAAGGGAGAUCAAGGUUCUACCGGUUGCAGGUCCUCAUCAAAGAGAUCCGUGCGCUUCGCGCGGACAUACUUUGCCUCGUGGAGUUGGAUUGUUUCACCGAGUUCCAAGACAUCCUCGGCAGGGAGGGCUAUGACGCGGUCUUCCAGCCCCGCCCGGGCAAGCAGGAUGGCUGCGGCAUCUUCUGGCGCCGGGAGGUAUUUGGCGCUGUCGGGCCAUGCCGCGGUCUGAUAUACGCGCGACCUGCGAAUGACCGGAUUGCCGUCGGCCAGGUGCUGACGCACUUGCCUUCACAACGGCAGCUCUUGGUGCUCUCCACCCAUCUUCAUUGGGACCAGGCUGCAGGGCACCAGGCGUCUGAGGCUGAGGAGCUGCUCGGCUUGCUGGAGGACAUGGCCGCUGACUACCAGAGGCCAGCUGCGGUGGUGUGUGGUGACCUCAAUGCGUUGCCGGACUCGGAGGCCUACCAGAUCCUAUCGAGGUGUUUGUGCGAUGCCAGCUUCGGGCCAGACGGCGCCUACGCAGAGGGUGCCUUUACCACCCUGAAGCCGGACGUGUAUUACUUCGCUCGUCCCAAGGGCCAGGGUGAUGGAGAUCACUGGCACUGGCAGGACGGUCGCCAUGAAGUUCUCGACUAUGUCUUCUAUCGGGACCUGGAGCUUCUGAAGCCGGUGAUGGUACCGCACAUGUCCAAGGAGCUGGAGCUUGCAGAGCGGCCGGCAAAGCGACAGAGAAGCGCAGGCGACGGGUACUGGUCCGGCGGCUGGCGCUUCCGCGGCUCCCCGGCGCCGGGUUUGGCGGAGCACGCGGAGGACGACGCGUGGCGACCCCCGCGGGUCCGAGGCCAACUGCAGCUGGGCAUCCCCAACCGCAGCUCGGAGUCUCGGAGCGGCGACUUUGAGACGUAG